GGGAUGGUUCUUUGAUUUUUGUGAGAGAAGUAACCAAGCUUUCCACUGUAGUUGACGCCUUAAUUAUUUUCAAAAUAGUGGUGCUACUUAAACAUCCAUAUCAUAGUCUUUAGUCAACGAGUGUAUAGCGUAUUUGAAAGUAAUAUUUAUACAGGUUUAAUGAUUUUAGCAUCCGGCUAGAGCGGGGUACUGUUUAUAAAAGUUAGCCUAUUUCGUAAAUAAUAUUCCAUAUUUGGAAUACGUAGACUGUCAACCAAUCAAAACGUAUCACAGACCGGUCUCAGGGCAGUAAAAAAAGAAUUAGUCACGUGACCAAAUAACACUCCCUUCACUGUGACAAAAUGGCGAACCGAAACACAGUGCACCUCUCUGACGAACAAAUUAAAGAUCUUCGAGAACAAUUUCAAACGCUUGACGAAGAUGGCAAUGGAAAAAUUUCCCUGGCAGAGCUGGGCUAUGCCCUGGAGACAGUGGGCAUCAAGGUGCCAGGAUACGAGCUGCGACAGAUCAUGGCCAGCUUUGAUACCUCAGGGGAUGGGUUCAUUGACAUGGAAGAGUUCAAGAGUCUGUACACAUCAGAAAAGUCCAAACGUGACAUUGGUGUGACCUUCAAGAAGGUGGUCCAGGCAAGAAAAGAUGUGAACACACUUGGAGGAACCAGCCAGGCCUCUGUUGAAGGAACUACCCACACGGUCAGGAAAGCUGAGACAGCUGCCUUCUCACAGUGGAUCAACAGUAAUUUGAAAGAUGAUCCAGAUUGUGCCCCUUUGUUGCCUGUAGAUAGUGAAAAUAAUGAAUUGUUUGAAAAAUGCAAAACUGGAAUUAUUUUAUGUAAACUUAUUAACAAGUCAGCCCCCUCCACCAUUGACGAGAGGACAAUCAACAAAACAAACUUGUCAGUAUACAGGCGCCAUGAGAACCUUACACUAGCUAUAAACUCUGCCCAGGCUAUUGGUUGUUCUACAGUCAACAUUGGGCCUGAUGAUCUGGAUACUGGCAAACCUCAUUUGGUUCUUGGUUUGUUGUGGCAGAUCAUUAGGAUUGGGUUACUCAGUGACAUCAACCUGGCCCACCACCCAGGCCUUAUCCACCUCCUGGAGGAGGGUGAGACGCUGGAGGACCUGCAGAAGCUGACCCCUGAACAAAUCCUGCUGCGAUGGGUCAACUACCACCUGCGCAACGCUGGCACCAACACUCGCAUCAAGAACUUCUCUGAAGACAUUAAAGACUCUGAAGCUUACACAUACCUACUACAUCAGAUAGCACCAAGAGAAAAUGGAGUUGAUCUCUCACCAUUAGGAAUAAGUGACAGAUACCAGAGGGCCGAGGCUAUGCUGAGAGAAGCCAACAAGAUUGGAUGCCGGUCAUUCGUUGGACCCAAUGACGUCAUCGAGGGAAAUGCCAAACUUAAUUUAGCCUUUGUGGCCAAUCUUUUCAACAACUUCCCAGCUUUGGAAGGGGUGGAUGAGAACAUUGAACUCAAUAUCCACGAGGAGACGAGAGAAGAAAAAACUUACCGUAACUGGAUGAACAGCAUGGGUGUGUCCCCAUAUGUGCACUACAUCUAUAAUGAUUUGAUUGACGGGCUGAUAAUCUUCCAGCUGUAUGAUGUGUGUAAGCCAGGAGUGGUAGACUGGAACAAGGUCCACAGGAAGUUCAACAAGCUCAAGGCCAACUUUGAGAAAAUUGAAAAUUGCAAUUAUGCGUGCGAGUUAGGCCACAAGUUGGACUUCUCUCUUGUUGGUGUGGGUGGUAAGGACAUUCAUGAUGGCAAUCAGACUUUGACAUUAGCUUUGAUUUGGCAGUUGAUGAGGGCCUACACAAUUUCUGUUCUCAGUGGUCUUUCAGCAGACACCAAUAACAAGAAUGCUGAGAAGUUGAUCUUAGAGUGGGCAAACACCAGGCUGGACAAGAGUGCCAAGUUCUCUAGUUUUGGAGACCAGAACUUGUCAGACAGCAUCAUCCUCAUCAAGUUGAUUGAGAAGAUCAAGCCCUCAGCUGUUGACUGGAAGUGUGUGCUGCAGGAUGCCCCAACAUUUGAGGACAAACUGGCCAAUGCCAGAUAUGCUAUUGGCAUUGCCAGGAAGGUUGGCGCUAAGGUGUACGCCCUCCCGGAGGACAUUGUUGAAGUCAAGCAGAAAAUGGUGAUGACCAUCUUUGCGUGUCUAAUGGCCAGGGACUACAGCCAGAACGGCCAAGGGUUGACUGAGACACACCAGGCCAAGUAAAACUGGGCCACCUGGCCGUGGAUGGAGAGCGUGUCAGCCUGAAUGUGUGCACAUUUUUACUUCACAUUUUUAUUUGACGAAACGAACAAAAAAACUAAAAAAUGGAACUAGUAAAUAAUCGUGUAAAGUAAUGCGUUGUUGUAAAUGUAAACUACCUGUACACAUGUUGGUAUUCUACUUUUUAUGAGUAUAUGAAGCAAUGUUGACAUGGCUUUGAUAAUUGCUCUGUUGCCUACCCUGUCACUUGUACAAGUCAGCCACACACACACCCCACUACCCAGAUGUUAGUGUCAUAUUUUUUUGUUGUUGCUGUAUGUUAUCCCAGAUCUCUAAAAACUAGAAACAUGAUCUUGCUUGUUCCAAUGGAUGAAUCAAUGAAUGUUCAGCUUCUAGCUAUAGUUAUAACCUUUUCUAUAUCAACCUGCUUAACUCCCCUUCUUCAGCUAAGUGGAAAGAAAUAUUCAUUCCUGGAAUUUAAUUUUUUUUUGGUACUUACUAUUUACAUUUCUCUUUUUAUUGAAAAUAAAUUAAGAAUGAUUUGAAUAUUUUUCUUGCUUCUGGCAUAGUCGAUUUAUGCCAGAAAAUUUUGGAAAUUUUUUCUGCAUGAGACAUUCCACCCUGUUUACUAUCGCACUGGUUGCUUUUUGUGACUGCAGUAUUAAUGCCAGAACAACUGGUGAGGCAGACAGUAACAGAGAUAUUCCCCUAAAGUGCUUAAUGUCUGUACGCCCUGGUUAUAGAUUAAGACUAGUUUUAAGUAAAAGAAUGGACAUUUUCUUGUAAGAAUAUUUCUGUGUAUUUUAACAAUUCCAACUGAUUUUUGGGACCAUUCUGUACAUUGAAGUUUUUUUUUAAGAAACACUUUUUUAAAGCUUUUACUGUAAGCAAUGACUUUUUCCCAGCUGUUUUUGUAAAUGUUAAAGCAAAUAAAAAUCAUGUUAUUUUUUUUUUUAAAUUUGUUUUGUGAUGCGCCAACUAUAGUGAAACUAAAACAAUGGAAUUUUCCAGACAAUUUUGAUCACGUAAUUAUGAAGUUGUCUAACGAGUUAGAGAAAAAAACGAUUUUAAUGUAAAUGUUUUUUGCCAUAUUUUAUCAACGUAGGAUGUGCAUGUUUUAGGACAAUUAGUCUCAUUAGCAACUAAUUGGGGUAAUUAGCUCAACCUGUUUUAUUUAUCACUUAUUAGACUAGUAAUUUAUUGAGUCAGUGAAAUAAUUUUUCAAACUGAAUUCGUCUUUACUCUAAAUUUCUUGUUAGCUGAAUUGAUGUAGUAGUUUGUUUCUCCCUAAACAAUGAGCUGUUGAAGAAAUGUUUAGAAGGUGUUGACUGGUUUUAAUUUUUAAUUAAUUGCUUCAUUGGUUUGUUGAUUGCUUUUACACAGUGAAACUUGUUAAUGUUUUUAUAACUAGUGAAUGACCAGUUUUGUUAAUAUUUUAUGGAUUUUCUUUAAUGAGUAUAUGUUAUAUGAUUAGAAAAUGCCCUGUUUUUUUAUUUUUACUUUAGAAAAAGAUGUGGAUUGUUAAUAUUAUAUGACCAGAAAAUGACCUGAAUAAGUUUGAUAAUGUUUUAUGGAUAGCAAAUGACCUGGACUUUUAGUUGACCCAGGGUGGGUGGUUCUGUAUAUGUAGUUACACUUAAUGAUUAUGCAACAAUUUUUGUUUGAUAUAUCACUAACUCUGAAUGUAUCACGCUGGGUACCCUCGCCUAGUGUUUCUUUACUUUUUUUUAUCUGGGCACAUUUUGCUAAUUGUCCCUAAUAUGUAUUUCAGUGCUAUAAUAAUUUCAUCAAGUAUUUAUUUUCUCAUUAUAUAUGAAUAUACAUAUACAUCCAUAUAUUUUUAAAAAAGUUUUAAAUGGGCUACAAAGUGAAACUGUGCUUGACUUAGUUGUUGCCUUGGAUACCAUCUCCCAGCAUGCAAUGAAUAACAUAUCAGAGAUUCUUGUCUAAUGGAAAACAUUCUCUACUGUGAUGCCUUAUACAAUUUUUCUUUAUAUCCUCAUUGCUUUGUCUAGUAGAGAGCUGUUUUUUGGAAGGGCAUACAACUUUGUAAGAUUUACAAUCUUAAAACAAAUUAUUUUUAAAAAUGUUUGGUCUGGCCUUAGGGUAUGUUUAACCAUUGUGUUGCUCUAGAGAUACUUAAGAAUAGAUACCAAAACUUUAUUAACCUUUUUUUAAAAAAAAAAAUCAGUUGUCAUUAAUUAAUCUUAGAUUAUUUUACAUUCAUAAUUUCAUCAUAAUAAACACGAAUAAAUUAUAUCAAUUUAUUUUAUC